UCUAAAGCAUCCCCUUGCGUUCUGUCUGCGCUUUAUUUACGCACCGUGUGUUGGGUGGAUGUGCUGGAGCCUGGAGAAUGGCUUUCAACCGACUUCCAAGCCACAUUCACUUGCCUUUCCCACCCUUAACCCCGCAUCUCCUCCUAUUCAACUACAGCUCCGCUUACUUUUUCCAUCUUCUUUCCCUCAAAGUUCUCUCUGCUUGACCACUUUUGAGCCCCUUUCUAACCGCCAUGGGUACCCGGGGCCUUUUCUUCAUCCGCUGCUGCGGUCGAUACUUCGUCUACUAUAACCAGCUUGACAGCUACCCUGAGGGCUUAGGCGUUGCUAUAGUAAACGAGAUACCCCAGGAUCCAGAGAAAUACCAAGAAUGGUUCCAAUUUAUGCGGGGGGUCUAUGCUCAGCUUGUUAAGCAGCUUGAAACACAGGCUCUUCCUGUCACCAUCCAAACAAGCCAGCAUGAAGACUCCAGUGUCGCUCUGAUUGAACGGUAUACAAAGAGCUUCUGGGCUGUCGAUGACCGGCUCGAACUGCCCCCUUUACAAGCAGUGCUUCCAGGCUUAGCUGAUUUGUGUAUUGAGUGGACCUACACACUUGACCUAGACCGGGAAGUUUUAACCAUUGAUAACUCCCUGCAUCUCUCAUUGAACAAGAUUCCCCAUGGGGAUGCCUGGAUCAAGUACCUUGGCACAGAUCAUCGGCACCGUCGGGUAGCCGAUAGUUGCACGCCCAAAGAGCUAGUUGCUGAUCUUAUCUGGAAGCCAGAAAUAGACAGCGCCUCGAAAGAGAGAUACCACCAAUUCGAUGUCUGUGUGAUCGCACUGGAGACCUUCUACAAUCAAGAUGAUAUUUCCGUGACACGCGAAUCCUUGCUGGAUGCUACCUUCUCGCUUAUCAAUGAUCAAUAUAGAGAACUCCUGGAUGGUUACGUGCUGGAAUGGGAACCCAGUCACUUCGCGUUCAGGGAGAUCGCCUUUGCUGUGUUAUCUGUUGCUGCUGGUGAGGUGUCUUUUGAAUGCAUUCGCAACUUCGACCAAAACCAUAUAGGGGAAGGCUACUACCUGGAUCGUCGCAAUGUUUCUCCCAGCCUGACAGCAUCUUGCCACCCCGUAACCAUCCUUCCACGGUUCUUAUACGAGUCUCACCUUCCGGGCGUCCGGCCUGGCUCAGCACCUGAAGGCAGAAUGUACUGGCUGAAAAAUGUACUUGUGUAUCUGGCUUCUGGGCUGGACUCGGUCGAGGUUGAAGAGGCGUCCGUUGCCGAGGUUGUGGAGGCUGGUCUGAAACAGGGACUCGUAGGCUUCUAUGCCAUGGUAUUCUCAAUUAUAGAUGUGGUGUUGCUUCAUGUCCAAAAGGGCUCGGAUGGCACCAUCCAUGUUAACAGGUCUCCUUUGAUGGCUCUAAUUGACUUCGACGACGAAAACUCUCGAUAUGCAAAUGGCCCUCGAACAGGAACAAGGGGCUUUCAAGUGCAGAAGAGGCAGGCAGUGAGUGCCUUUCUUGCAACUUUGCGAUUCUUCGAUGCAGCUACCCAUCAUGAUCUAAAAGGUACACAUUCGACUAUCUUCCCCAAUGAGGUUCUGGGGGCCAUUAUGAAGCUCUCUGAUACCCAGACCUAUCGUGCACUUGGUACAGUGUCAGCAUACUCUCGAAGACUCAGUGACCGGGAGCUUCGCUUAAAUGAUGAAUACGCUGUUGUUGGCUUCGACUCCUCCGAAGGAAGCUUCAUCUUGGAAGAUUUGCAAUCAGGGAAGAAGAUCCACUCCAAACUGGAAAAGCGCACGUCACAAAUGUGGCCUAGCACCGCCAGAAGUAAAGGACUGAACUUGAGUCCCGUAAUUGGGAUAGAAAGUUCCACCAGGCGGACCGUCUUGGAUGACUUGCGCCUGUGCUUCUCAGAGGCGACUUCGAGGUCACUCCCUUACUCGAAGAAGAUAGAGAUGCCCAAACAGGAGUGUCAUUAUUUCAGCACCGACUACCAUGACUCCGCACCCGAGCGUCUAUUUGACAUUGAAGAUUAUAUGUAUGUCGGGUCACUGGAAUGUGGCUGGGGUAAGUAUCUCGCCAACAUAAUUCAGAGCAUCGGUGCAGCGCCUAGUAGGAUGUACAGCUCCGCCCUAAUUCGUGGCGCGAGCUACAGCUGUCUUCUUCCCCCAAAGUUCCGUCAGCUACGCAUGGAUUAUUAUCACAACGGAUUAAACUGCUUUAUCCGCCAUGCGCAUGAUGAAAGUCCUCAAGAGUGGGAUGUGAUGAUGAAGUAUGCUUUGCAUCAUCUUCACUCCCAAAAGAGGCCAAGCAAGACCGACAAUGCAGUCUCCGUCCCAGGACAUCCCAUGAUUCUGGCAUUUUCCACAAGGAUCAGGCUAUUCUUCUAUGUCUACCAGUGUGCGGAGGCCCCGACUCUCGGAGCCGAUGCUCACCCGUAUCUGGUUGAGGCGGCUUCGCAAUGCACAAAUCCCGAGCCUAGUCGUCGGCUUAUCCCUCUCAUUGCCGGUGGCGAAACCAUCGAUCUGAAGGAAAAGAAGUGGAAAGAUGAAUUUGAGAGAUGGAUCAAGGUCUUCUGCGGUGAUAUCUAAGACAGGAUCCCGUAAUCAGCAGCAGGUGGUGGUUAUUCCCAGUCCAGAUACGCAGAAGAUUGACAAGCGCUCGAGUCGGUCAAGGUUCUUGGUUCAAACCUUCCUGGGGCUUUGCACAUUGUUUAUUUUGUGUAUUUGUUUGUUUUCUCCGGUACGUAAGGACGGUCAAGCGAGCAGGAUGAGGUUGCCUCAAUGACUAGAAUGUGAAGCGAUGCCUGAGCGUCUUUCUUUUCCUUGCCUUUCAUUUCCUUCUCCUUCUCUCGUUCUAUGUUGGUAUCAUGACUCUCCCAAAGAGGUGAGAAGCAUACCAUGUCAUGUCCAUCAACAAUCUAGUAUGUAUUCUCUUCGUUUCUAUUCGAGCCACCAGGAAACACACCGACUCAUAGUAUACAACCUAC